GGGGGUGGCAAGGGGGGCGAGGGGGUAGACGAGAAUCGGUUGUCCAAGGAAAGCUGGCUGGCGUCCCCCGUGCAACUGCCUGCUCACAGCUGUAACGGCGACCCUUGCUGCGCUUGGGCCUACUAGGCCCCAGCCGGGGCCCCCCAUCGGCCCCAUCGCUCGCUCGCAAGCAGACAAGGCGCCGGCAACAGGAGCUCCAUCCUCCUUCCUCCCUCCCUCCCUCCCUCCCUCCCUCCAGCGAUGGACCGGGGCCAUCGCUCCCUUGCUCGGGCCGGGCCAUGCUCCUGCUGCCCCCACCCGACCUAAGCACUUUGUCCGCCCUCCCUGAAUCGUCUUCACUCUAGCCCCCUCCAUCCUUCUCAAUCUGCCCCUCCCCCGCUUCCUCUCCAACUAUCUAUCUCGCUAUCUCCAUCUCUCUCUCUGUCUCUCUCUCUCCCACUCUCAUUCACUCACUCACUCGUUUAGCAACUUCGUCCCCAUUCAAUUGCAGCCCGGAGACGACGACGACAGCAUCAGUCAAUCAAUCAAUGCGCAAGUGAGAGAGAGCCAGGCACACGUAUCUCUCUAUCUCUACCCCCUUAGUUAUCAGAAUACGUCCAACAUUGGCCCCGCCUUCAUGUUCUGCACAAAGUAGCUCCUCCUGCUGUUGUCGCUGUCGCUGCUGCUGCUGCUCCUGCUCCGGGUCUCGUCUGGUAAUCACUCAGUCCACCCUCGCCCGCCCCCACCUCCAUACGCUGUGUUUGCCUGAGUGCCCGCCCGCUGACCGACCGACAGACCGACCUGAGAUCUCUCCUCCUGAGAUUGGAAUUGCCGGAGCAGCUCCCUCCCUCGUAGCUUUGCCUGAGUUGCUGCUUGCUUGCUCGCUGGCUAUUUUGUCAAUCUAGUUGUGCGUCUUUUGCAGAUCUGCCGACGUAGAGUGCCAAGCAUUGACAUCACUGGGCGUACCGAGGGCUUCACUUUUGGGGCAUCGCAUCGCAUCGCAUCGGACCGCACUCGCUCACUCGGUCGGUCGAGGGAGGGGCUUUGAAUCUGAGCACUGCGCGCCUUUUCGAGGUCCGUCGUUGAAGCUGGUGGUAGUCCGAGAGGACUACUUCGAGAAGCCCCGGGGCGACCCAACCGCAAUUCUGGAGACUCCAAACCCCCCCUGGCAAUUCAUCCUCUCUACGGAGAGUCAAGUUCGGCCCGUGCGGUCGAAGACGGAUCGCAAGAAGGAAUUCAAAACGCAGCAGGAGAUCAUGUCGUCCAAAGAAGCGCCCUACGCCACAAUGCACGACCUACCGACGUAUCAGGAGAGGGAGAAGGUCGGAUCGGCGCCCUGGGAGAAGGAUCAGCGGCCUGCUCCCAGCAGUCGAGGUCCCCACUUUGAACCUUGCUUCUACCCAUCUUCUCAGACUGCUCCUUUCGCCACCAACGACAAUCUGCCCAUUCCUCGUCAGAAUAGGAAGAUGGUGACUAGUUUCACUGAUUCGGGGAACUCAUGUGCUGAAUCACAGAGUAGGAAGAUGGUGACUAGCGCCCCUUGGGAUCGAGACGAAAGCCACUAUUCUGCCAAGAUCCGAUGUGGAAACACCGGAAGCGGAAGGACAGCUCCAUUUGCAACGGAGUUUAACAACAACAAAAAAUGAUACCCCGCGGUGCGUGCAUAAGUAUAUACGUGCAUUCGUAUACCUGAGCCUCACACACCGCACGAAAUCGUUGGCCUUGGUCCCGAUCUCGAUCCCGAUCCCGAUUCUGCUGCCGCUGCUGCCUGCACGCACGCACGCAAACAACGAAUGAGAGGGCAUUGAGGAACUUUUUAUGAACAUACAUACUCUUACAUACUCUACGUCCAUCCAUCCAUCCAUACCUUACUCUAGUCCUUGGAAUUAUAUCAUGUGGAAUAGCUCGUAGAAUUUAGCUUAGGGUUCCGAUUGCUCUGUCUCAGGCACUACACAGCAUUUAGAUUAGAACUAGAUCUUACACAGUUUAACACAGUUCGAGAGACAGAGACAGACAGAAAGAGAGAUUGAGCACGACCGAGCUUACAUUUAGUAGUCAGCCAGCAAGCACAUCAGAGCAGAGCAGGUCUUCUUAGGAUUACGGCGGUACAUAGAGCUCCUUGUGGUCCCCAUCUCGUCCCUUACCCCUGCCAUGGAUGGUCUAGACAGACGGACGCAGACAGACAGUCAGACAGACAGACAAUCAGACAGCAGAGGAAGUGCGAGGUUGACGUGUGGGGUGUUUGUUCUCGUUCAUCUACUCAUGGUGGUGCUGGUGGGUGAAUGUAGGCACACGAUGGCCUCUUGUACGAAUGUACCGCCGAUCAAGUAGUACCGUAGACCAAAGGUAGAGAGAAGAAGAAGAUGAUGUUACGAAAAAAAAUAAAUCGACGACUUUACUUACUGUUCUGUAUACCGAAAGACAAUUGAGUGUUGUUGAAAAUACGGUAGGGAUACAAACCAGCUGUUUAAUUGCCUUAAGUUGAUCAUGAUGCUCUAGGUGACCACCGACAAGAAGAAGAAGAAGAAGAAGAAAAUUGAUAUUUCUAGAAAAAA